GAGCAUCAAUGCGUGUUGCUCCCAGCAUAAGUCACCUUCCAACCUCUGCAACUCAAGCUCAGUCAGUCGAUCCCACUUCAAAGCGCGCUGAUCAUUCUUUGAAAGAGCCUGUUGUGAGGGUAGCCGCUAUACUUCAUCUCCUGCGCCUGUUCACGACGCGGAGGCACCGUGCCAGCACUGACAUCUUGGUGGCGGUCACAAGCGAAUGACAGAGACUAAUCAUAAAACACAAGGCGGCUUGUUGUGCACUGGUACAUUUGGGAUAAUCUGCCUCCGUGAGCGGAAUAAACCCCAGCUCGUGCCGAUCGGUGAUGUGGAGCGUCGCGCGCGCUCGACAGAACGCUGAUAGAAUCCUUCGCGGACCUUAAAGAAAGUGACCAGAGAACUGCUGGCGGUGGUCGAACGCUGUCAUUUCGAUUGGAAUGCAUCUUUUCAGUGCCAUGUUCCUGCUACUGAUGUUAUCUUUUAUUCCCUGCAAGGCCCUGUACCCGAGCCCAGAGGAGGGCUGGCAGAUCUACAGCUCGGCGCAGGAUGCAGAUGGAAAGUGUAUCUGCACCGUUGUGGCUCCAGCACAGAACAUGUGUAAUCGAGACCCACGCAGUAGACAGCUUCGCCAACUUAUGGAGAAGGUUCAGAAUAUCACUCAAUCAAUGGAGGUGCUAGAUCUGAGAACGUACAGAGACCUGCAGUAUGUGAGAGACACGGAGAACCUCAUGAAAACAGUGGAUGGCAAACUAAAGUCUGCCUCUGAUAACCCACGCAGCCUCAAUCCCAAGAGUUUUCAGGAGCUGAAGGACAAAGUUACUCAGCUGCUCCCCCUGCUACCGGUGGUAGAGCAGUACAAAGCAGAUGCAAGGAUGAUCCUGCGGCUGAGAGAGGAAGUGAGGAAUCUGUCCCUGGUACUAAUGGCCAUUCAAGAGGAAAUGGGAGCCUACGACUACGAGGAGCUCAGGCAGAGAGUGCUACUGUUGGAGACCCGACUCCACUCCUGCAUGCAGAAACUCGGUUGUGGGAAGCUAACUGGCGUCAGUAACCCCAUCACUGUACGUGCCUCAGGGUCAAGGUUCGGCUCCUGGAUGACUGACACAAUGAUCCCCAGCUCUGAUAAUAGGGUGUGGUCUAUGGACGGUUACUUUAAGGGUCGUCGCGUGCUGGAGUACCGUACGAUGAAUGACUUUAUGAAGGGCCAGAACUUUGUGCAGCAUCUUCUUCCCCACCCUUGGGCAGGUACGGGUCACGUGGUCUACAAUGGCUCCCUCUACUACAACAAAUACCAGAGUAAUAUCCUCAUCAAGUACCACUUCCGAUCCCGAAGCGUCCUGGUACAGCGCAGCCUUAGCGGUGCAGGCUACAACAACACCUUUCCCUAUUCAUGGGGUGGCUCGUCUGACAUCGACCUCAUGGCUGAUGAGAAUGGGCUGUGGGCCGUCUACACCACUAUUCCCAAAGCUGGCAACAUUGUGAUCAGUCGUCUGGAGCCGCAGAGCCUGGAGGUGCUGCAGACGUGGGACACUGGCUUCCCCAAACGCAGCGCCGGUGAGUCGUUCAUGAUCUGUGGCACGCUCUACGUCACCAACUCCCAUCUGGCUGGUGCAAAGAUCUACUUUGCAUAUUACACCAACACUUCCACCUAUGAGUACACGGACAUCCCCUUUCAUAACCAAUACUCCCACAUCUCUAUGAUGGACUACAACCCUCGGGAAAGGGUUCUGUACACCUGGAAUAAUGGACAUCAAGUCCUCUACAACGUCACAUUGUUCCAAGUUAUCAAAACCGCAGAGGACUAGGCCUUGCAGACCUUUAAAAUGCAUUUGUUCACACUGAAAUAUACACACACUGAUAUGCACUCAAACAUACACACAGUACACACACAUUUAUGUGGAGGGGGACAUGACUAAAGCUUAGACUUUUUUUACUGCAUUCCAAAAUUCAGAGUGCUAUUAUUCAUCUAAUGUUUCAAGGAGAGCAAGAUUGGUAUUGAAAUAUGGACUAAGCGUUUAUUUUCUUUCCUGUGAUGAUUCAGCAUGAGUACUUUCUUUUUAUUUGUGAAAAAAAUAAAUAA